AUGCCAUCGGAAGACAGCCGCGUAGGUAUCUUGCUCUCGGUAAUAUUUGGAGUAACCGGCAUCGUCAUUGGCAUCGUCGGCUUGAUUGUUUCAAUGUCUGCCCUGCGUCCUGAGGGCUCUUUAGGGAAAAGGUUUUAUGACUGUUCAAAACGAUGGUACAAAACCGUAAGAAGGCGAUUAGGAGAGAUGCAGCCUGAUCCGGAGGAAGGCCAUGUGAAUGCAGACGACACCGCCAACGAGCAGACACCAUCGAGCCCACGUCCUCGUCUUCUUGUUUCUGAUGUCGGGUCUUCUGAUAUCUCAAAUUCCGGGACAAUACUAUCAGCUCAAUCCCACGUACCCAAGGAAAUCGCUAUCAGCAGUGAAACGUCACCUCUGCCAUCGGUUUCUCAACCUUCUCCUACACAAACCAUCGAUGUCUCGCCUUUUGAGAUAAAUUCAUCCCUCCAAUCUCACACCCGUGAAGAAAACACUGCUGGGAGCGAAGUUUCACUCCUACCGUCCGGUUCUGAGCCUCCUCUUCUUCAGCCUAACACCUUGUGUACCGUUGGUCAGCUUCUCAAGAUGCAAUCACUUGAUCGAUCACCCACGCUCAAAGAAGACAGUGCUAUCAGUCAAACAGUACUAUCAACACCAAGCGCUGAGGCUUCCAUUCCUCAGUCUGACGUCCAGACCACUGCUAUCUCGAUUCUUGAGAAGUCGUCCCAGUCAAAUACGCCAGACAUACCUCGCAUCACCCUAGAUAACGGCUUCGAGACUAGGAUUGGAACCAGGAACAAAAUCGAGUUGUGCGCCCUACCUCAGCCUAGCGAAACCGAAACCGGACACCUGCAGAACCCGGCUGCAGAACAGCUAGGUGGAAGAGUCGCCGGGAAUAAUAUAUAG